AUGUACAGUAAUUAUGGAAGCACUGCAGCAACGCCUUCACAGGUUACCGCUGUCAUCCAGGUUUUCGAGGAUAUAUCUUCCAAGAUUCUUAAGAUACGUUUACUUGCGAAUGAAUUGGAAACGCUGAAUAAAAGUAUCAGCAUAACCGGAAAUUCUAAAGCUAAAUCGGAUCUCUUAAACAAGCGUGAAAAAGAUGCCCUGAGACUGGUUGACGAGACUAAAAAUCUUUUUAUAAAUCUUUCUAAGGAGCCGUUAUCGGAUCAGAUAACCAAGAUUCAUGUAGAGAAACUCAGAGUUGACUUUCAGCGGGUGCUUCACCGGUUUCAAAGGACGCAAGCUGAAAUACAAAGACGACUACUUACUGAAAGUCGGCCAGCUUCACUCGUUGGUGAUUUAAUCAGUUUGAACCCGGAUGAAAGUGAUGAAGCCAAAAUCAACCAACUACAAGCGUUCGCAUCACAGGAUGCUGAAAUUCAAGAAUUAGGAAGAGUUCUAAAUCAGGAAGAUCAGAUGCGUUCUAUUGAGGAAGAUAUUGUAAAUGUGAAUGAAAUUUUUCAUCAACUUUCCCAGUUGGUGUAUGAACAACGAGAGGCUAUUGAUUCAAUUGAAGAUAAUAUUGAAGUGGCACUAACUAAUGAACAGUCCGGUCAUUUAGAACUUGUUCGAGCUGCGGACAGGCGGGUAAGAUUAGUCACAUUAAAAAUGUAAUUCUUAAGUAAUUUUAUUCUGACUAAAACUCAUAGUGAAACAGUAUUAUUUACUGAUGACGUUUUUGAACACAAUUUACUGCUCUUUAUCACAUGUAGGUCAUGAUAUCACUAACUAGUCUUUGUUUUUCAGUGACAAAUGCGUACACUUAGAAGCUUCGUAUACAUUUCAGUCUUUGGGACCU